AUGGGUAGCAGAAGAGGGAGUACGCGAGAAAGUACAAGAGAAAGUACUAGUAUAUCGCGCAAAGGGGCAACAUCAGCCGUAUCUUCUACAGAAACAAUAAAUAAAAAUGAGCAAAAGACAGAUCAUAAAUUGGACAAAGAUAAGACACCGGAGAAAUGUGAAAAGAGUGGCAAACAAGUCAAAAUAGAUCAAACGAUGGUACAAAUACCUAAGGAAGCAUGUAAAGAAGGAUCGAAAAUGGAAUCAGUGGCAGAAAAGUAUGCAAAUGGCUACCGGCGAAAACGAAGGACGGGCCUUACCGGCUUUACAUCACCAGGAAAAAUCGGUUUGAUAGAAGAAAUUCCUGAAGGUCCAGAAAUCGCUUCAGGAUAUGAAUCUGACGAUGCGGAGACGAUGAAAAAAGAACUAGCGCUAUUAGAGCAAGAAGAGAGUAGACUGCGAAAGUUGAACGAGAAGGCAGUGCUACGCCAGAAACUGGAGGAGAAACGAGCGGAAGUGAAGAAAUUACAAGAUGUUGUUCGAAGAGUCGUUAUAUUAGGAGAUUCAAUUGUAAAGUUUUUACCACCGAUCGAGGGAGUUACUGUGCAGUCCUUUCCAGGAGCUACAGUUGGUAAAUUGUCAUUCCUGGUUAGCAAAAAGAGAGUUAAUUUAUAUGAUAAACAUUUUAUCAUUUUACACGUGGGUACCAAUAAUAUCAGUAACCAGGAUUCACUGGCUUCUAUGUCUUCCGAUUUCUCAAAUCUGAUUGCCGCAAUUAGAACUGAGAAUCCUUCUAUUCGUAUAAUAGUAUCUUCAGUACUUCCUCGUCCGGUGGAUCAUGAGAUAACAGAAAGUUGUAUAAAAGAAUUAAACCGCUUUUUAGAAGAUAUUCUAGCUGCUGAUCUAGACUUUAAGUUUAUUCGCUCAUACAGACCAUUUUGUUUUAAAGGUUCUGUGAAACGUUACUUGUUCGCUAAAUUAGACGGAGGCCUUCAUUUAAAUUCUGAAGGUGCAAAUCGGUUAAGACAUUUCUUUUUGAGAGUUAUUUCGACUCUUUCAUAAAAUCAGCAGUCUAAAACUAAUACAGUAUUUGCAAUCCUUAAUUACAACAUAUUUGAAAUCUUUUUGGUCUCAAUUGUAGAUUUCACAGUCUCAAGUCAUUGUUAUUAAGGUAAAGAAGAACUGUUUCUUAAGUUAUUGUUUUGCUUUUGCUUUGUUUUAUUGGCUGUUAUUUGGCGGGUGAUAAUGGAAUUUGGACAGUUUAGUUAAAAACUUGAACUUUACCUUACAAAUGGAUUCCAUUUCCAUAAGUUGAACUUGUGAUUAUUACUAAGUAAGCAGUUGUAGCUUAUUUAUAAUCUGUCUUUGUUUAUUGAAUCAUUUGAUCAAAUAUAUUUUGAAUUGUGACACAUCUUAAGAUCAUUAAAUUUAUUAAUAUCUUUGGUAUUGUUGUUUCUGAGUAGUAGUUUUAAGCCAGGAGUUAAUUGGACUAUUUUAAUAGUAUAUUAAAAUAUUUAAUUAAUGACGACAGCGCCUUGUAUUUAGUUCGUCCAUACCUUCUAAUUUAUUUCUUUCAUCGAGGUUCAUUGGUCAAGCUUCAUGUAUAAUACGGUCAAUUUCAUUGGUCAUCAUUACGUAUUUAAGAGGCCCGCCGGGGUUUUCGCGCCAAUUAGUAGUUUCUUUGUCAGAAGUGUCACAAGCAGA